CGGUAGCGGCGGCGGCUGGCGCGCGUGUUCAGCCUCCUCAAGCCGUAGCCGGGGCCACCUUCUUCCCCUCCUUCCCUUCCGCCCCAGUGCGGCGGCACCGCCUUCUGAGUUGCGCGGCUUCCUCCAGACCUUUCGGCGCGGGUAAGCCUGUUCCCAGAGGCAGCUGCUGCUGGCUGACCUGAUAACUCAAAAGAGGAAAUAGCUGGCUAAGCUCAGCCUUGGUACUGGUGGCUACCAUGUCCUUGAAGAUCCAGACAAGCAAUGUAACCAACAAGAAUGAUCCCAAAUCCAUCAAUUCUCGAGUCUUCAUUGGAAACCUGAACACAGCUGUGGUGAAGAAAUCAGAUGUGGAGACCAUCUUUUCCAAAUACGGCCGUGUGGCAGGCUGUUCUGUGCACAAAGGCUAUGCCUUUGUUCAGUACUCCAACGAGCGCCAUGCCCGGGCAGCUGUGCUAGGAGAGAAUGGGCGGGUGCUGGCCGGGCAGACUUUGGACAUCAACAUGGCUGGUGAGCCCAAGCCCAACAGACCCAAGGGGCUAAAGAGAGCAGCAUCUGCCAUAGGUAGUUGGGGCAUUCUUGGCUACAGCUUUGACUAUGAUUACUACCAGGACAACUUCUUCGUCAGGCUCUUCGACUACCGAGGUCGCUUGUCGCCAGUGCCAGUGCCCAGGGCAGUUCCUGUGAAACGACCCCGGGUCACAGUCCCUUUGGUCCGUCGUGUUAAAACUACCAUACCUGUCAAGCUCUUUGCCCGCUCCACAACCAUGACCACUGGCUCAGCCAAGAUCAAGUUAAAGAGCAGUGAGCUGCAGACCAUCAAGACAGAACUGACACAGAUCAAGUCCAACAUUGAUGCUCUGUUGGGCCGCUUGGAUCAGAUCGCUGAGGAGCAAAAGGCCAACCCAGAUGGCAAGAAGAAAGGCGACAACAGCAGCAGUGGUGGUGGUAGUGGUGGUGGCAAUGGCAGUGGCAGCGGCAGUGGCAGUGGUGGUGGCAGUGGCAGCGGUGGUGGCAGUGGCGGUGGCAGCGGCAGCAGCAGCAGCAGGCCACCACCACCCCCAGAGGACACACCUGAGGCAGGCACACCCCAGGAAGAGGCCCAGACCCGAGAUGAUGGUGACGAGGAGGGGCUGCUGACACAUAGCGAGGAAGAACUGGAGCACAGCCAGGACACAGAUGCGGAGGAUGGGGCCUUGCAAUAAGCAGCCUGACAGGAGCAGUGGCCACCAGAAGGAGAAGGGCAUCACUGUCCAAGGCCUCAAGCCAGGCACCCACCCACUGGAUGCCAACUUGUAGCGGGUACCAGAGGAAAGCUGGCAGCAGGCACCUCCCCCCCCCACGCAUCCCAGGCCAGUGCCACAUCUUCUGCAGGUGGAGUUACCAGCUACCCCUUCCCCAUACACCUUCCCUGUCUGUACUGUCCAGGCCAGAGGGCGGAGUAAGAGAUAGCCCUACACUCUGCCUCCCCUCCCCAGGACAUUCCCAGGCUUGGGGUUUUUCUAUAGGUUCGGAGGGGGGUGGUACAGGAUGGGGACCUUAACAAUAAAGAGAUUGGAUCCAGCCUGUUCUGAGAUGAGAUGGUUUGUGUUUUUUGCAUGAUGGUAUCCUGGCCCUUCUGCC